CCCAGCUCUUGUACACAAUGAUGAAGGCAGUGUUUGCUGUGUUGUCUGUCCUCCUUCUUGUGGCCUCGGCCAUGGCCAGCCCCGUGCCCGAGCCUGGCUAUCGUCGCCAUGGUGGCUAUGGUGGUGGAUAUGGUGGUGGUUAUGGUGGUGGAUAUGGAGGCUAUGGCGGUGGAUAUGGUGGCUAUGGAGGUGGAUAUGGUGGCUACGGAGGUGGAUAUGGUGGCUACGGAGGUGGAUAUGGUGGCUACGGAGGUGGAUAUGGAUAUGGACGUUAAGGCGAGAGGUGAGGAAGGACCAGAUCAUGCAGGAGACAAUUGGCUCCAGCUUAACAACGAGGUCCGUUCUGUGGUCAUCUCAAUGUGUUGGGUAUCAUUUACCCUCUUUUCAAUUGUUAUUUAAGAAAAUCUUUCUUUUA